AUGGGUUUCGUGGUCCUGCCUGCUCUGGUUGCAGAUGUCAGCGCGGUUUACGACGUGUAUUUCGCGGCUUUCAAAGACAACGCCAUCACGCGGGCCCUAUUCCCAUCAGUUACAACGGAGGACUUGAUAAACCCGGAGUCUGAGUUCCGCAAGGGACACACUGCGCACGUAUUGCAGUACUGGCAAGACAGUCUUACACAAUACACGUUGAAAUGUGUUGAUUCAGAGAAUGGCAAGGUUGUUGGUAUGGCGCUAUGGGAUGUAUACAUCACCCCUAGUACCUGGAAGAAGGGUGAAAUUGGGUGGUUGCAAGGAAAAGAGAGAGAGCGCGCUGAUGCACUGAUAGGUCCGCUUUGGGACACCAGAGAAAAAAUGUGGAACAACGAGCGAUACCUGUAUUGUCAUGUUGUGGCAGUUCACCCAGACUCGCAACGCAGAGGCAUCGGCGAGUUAUUGGUCGAUUAUGGCAAAAAGAUCGCACUACAAGCGCAUCUACCCAUCUACGUAGAAAGUUCGCAAGCCGCAGUUAAGCUGUACGAGAAGUCAGGUUUCCGCUGGCUGAAGGAACGUCCUGUCCACAAAGGAGUCGACCUUUGGCCUGGAAGGACGGACAAUAACCAGGAGAAUCACGACGUUCCUCUGUUCGUGUGGAUUCCAGAAGGGGCAGAGAAGCUGUUGCCGGAAGCCGUAAAGCUUGCUUAA